CUGGGUCCUCCAAAAAGUACGACUCCCUAGAAUAUUUCUGAGGUAUCUUGUGCAAUAAUCACAGUCUCGGAUACCGAGUUCUUCACAGCUCGGCAGAACCAGCCUUGCUAGAGGCUGCACCAGGCAAGAACAAUGGAGGCCAGCAGGAAGCUCAUCCACAGACAAAGGCAAGUCCUUUUCUUCUUUCUCAUCUUGGGCUUGUCUCUGGCGGGCGCGGAGCCUAGGCGCUAUUCUGUGGUGGAGGAAACUGAAGGGAAAGCUUUUGUAACCAAUCUAUCAAAAGACCUGGGUCUGGGGCAGAAGGAACUCUCCAGGCGGGGGGCUAGGGUCAUUUCCAAAGGGAACAAAUUGCAUUUGCAGCUCGAUCAGGCUACUGGGGAUUUGUUGCUAAAUGAGAAACUGGACCGUGAGGAAUUGUGUGGUCACACAGAGCCCUGUGUGCUGCGUUUCCAGGUGUUGCUAGCGAAUCCCUUAGAGUUUUUUCAAGCUGAGCUACAAGUAAUAGACAUAAAUGACCAUGCUCCGGUGUUCGUGGAAAGCGAUAUGGUGCUAAAAAUAUCAGAAAGCAGCCCUCCUGGCUCGGCAUUUCCGCUGAAGAACGCUCAGGACCUGGAUGUAGGCCGAAACAAUAUUAAGAACUACACACUCAGUCCAAACUCCUACUUUCGGGUCCUCACCCUUGAACGUAGCGAUGGCAGGAAAUAUCCCCAGCUGGUGCUGGACAAAGCACUGGAUCGUGAGGAGGAACCUGAGUUCAAGUUAACCCUCACAGCGCUGGAUGAUGGCUCACCGCCCCGGUCUGGUACCGCUCAGGUCUACAUCGAAGUCCUGGACAUCAAUGAUAAUGCCCCUGAAUUUGAGCAGCCUUUCUAUAGGGUAGAGAUCCCUGAGGACAAUCCCAUAGGCUUCCUGAUUGUCAAGGUCUCUGCUACGGAUGUAGACAUAGGAGUCAACGGAGAGAUUUCCUAUUCACUCUUCCAGGCUUCAGAAGAGAUUAGGAAAACCUUUGAGCUCAACCCUGUGACAGGAGACAUUCAACUGAAAAAACAACUUGAUUUUGAAGCAAUUCAGUCCUAUGAGGUGAAUAUUGAGGCCAAAGAUGCUGGAACCUUGACUGGAAAGUGCACUGUUCUAAUUCAGGUCAUGGAUGUCAAUGACAAUGCCCCAGAACUCACCAUGUCCGCACUUACCAGGCAGAUUCCCGAGAAUUCGCCCGAGACCGUGGUUGCAGUUUUCAGUGUUUCUGAUCUUGAUUCAGAAGAAAACGGAAAAAUAAGUUGCUCCAUUCAAGAUGAUCUACCCUUUUUCCUAAAAUCUUCUUUGGAAAACUUCUACACCCUAGUAACAGAGACACCGCUGGACAGAGAGGCCACAGCCGAGUACAACAUCACCAUCACCGUCACAGACCUGGGGACUCCCAGACUGAAAACCCAGCACAACAUAACCGUGCUGGUCUCCGACGUCAACGACAACGCCCCAGCCUUCACCCAAACCUCCUACACCCUCUUCAUCCCCGAGAACAACAGCCCCGCCCUGCACAUAGGCAGCGUCAGCGCCACAGACAGAGACUCAGGCGCCAACGCCCAGGUCACCUACUCGCUGCUGCAGCCCCAGGACCCCAGCCUGCCCCUGGACUCUCUGGUGUCCAUCAACGCCGACAACGGACACCUGUUCGCCCUGAGGGCGCUGGAUUUCGAGGCCCUGCAGGCAUUUGAGUUCCUGGUGGGCGCCACAGACCGCGGGUCCCCGGCGCAGAGCAGCCAGGCGCUGGUGCGCGUGCAGGUGCUGGACGCCAAUGACAACGCGCCCUUCGUGCUGUACCCGCUGCAGAACGGCUCUGCGCCCUGCACCGAGCUGGUGCCCAGGGCGGCUGAGCCUGGCUACCUGGUGAGCAAGGUGGUGGCGGUGGACAGCGACUCGGGCCAGAACGCCUGGCUGUCUUACCAGCUGCUCAAGGCCACAGAGCCCGGGCUGUUCAGCGUGUGGGCGCACAAUGGCGAGGUGCGCACUGCGCGGCUGCUGAGCGAGCGCGACGCGGCCAAGCACAGGCUGCUGCUGCUGGUCAAGGACAAUGGCGAGCCGCCUCUAUCGGCCAGCGUCACGCUGCACGUGCUGCUGGUGGAUGGCUUCUCGCAGCCCUACCUGCCGCUGCCCGAAGUGGCGGCAGACGGGGCCCAGACGGACCCACUCACGGUCUACCUGGUCAUCUCGUUGGCGUCAGUGUCGUCGCUCUUCCUGUUCUCGGUGCUGGUGUUCAUCGCGGUGCGGCUGUGCAGGAGGGGCAGGUCUGGCUUGGUGGGUGGCUGCUCGGUGCCUGAGGCCCACUUUCCGGGCCACCUAGUGGACAUCACCGGUACUGGGACCCUGUCUCAGAGCUACCAGUAUGAGGUGUGUCUGAUGGGAGGCUCAGGGACCAAUGAGUUCAAGUUUCUGAAGCCUAUGUUGCCCAAUUCCCAGGGCCAUUACCCUGGACCAGAAAUAGAAGAAAACCCCAGUUUUAGGAAAGAGUUUAAUUUUAAUAUUCAGUGACAAUAAUUGUUUAUCUUACUCUAAAUAUGUAAAAUUGGUAAGUUCAAGGUGAUAGUUUUUCUGGCAACCUAUUAUGAAUUUUUAAAUUACACUAAACUUCCUUUCAAAUUUUCUUAUAUUAUUCCUUUGUUUUAAAGAAUGGUAUCUUAUCUUUUCUUCAUUUCUAUAAAAGAUGAAUGGUCCUAAAUCUUGCCUCUUAAAAGACUGAUGAAGUCAGUAGUUGGACAAAUCCUUGUUCUGGAAUAGCUCUUGAACAUGUUAUGGGGAAACAGUGAAAAGUUAA